AUGUCGUCGUGUUCUGUGGAGAAUCAAAACCCUAACCAUUCUUCCCCGUUAAAUUGGUCCAACCUUUGGUUGAAGAACAAGAAAGCUCUUGAUCAUGUCUCUUCAACUAUCCGCCGUCGUUCGUUCUACAGAAAACCCCCACCCCCACCCACUCCUCAAUCACCACCACCGCCACAGCAACCACCACCACCGCCACAGCAACUACCAUCGGAAGUGACCGUUGUUCCUCUUUCUCCCCAUUUUCAACAAACCCAUAACAACGAAACCCUACUUCCUGAUUCCCCCGAAGUAGUCCCCUCUCAUGAUUUCAUUUCCCUCCUUUCCGAUGAAACACUCCUGCAAAUUCUCUCCAAACUUCCUGACAGAUCUCAAAGGAAUUCGAAUUCUUUGGUCUCCAAAUCGUGGUUCAAUCUCCAAGGUCGUUUGGUAAGGUCAGUUAGGGUUUUCGAUUGGAGUUUCCUUACAUCUGGUCGUAUGUUCACGAGAUUCCCUAACCUCAUUGACAUUGAUUUACUUCACGGAAGCGUAAUUUCUAGCAGCCAUUUAAAAAGCUGUGGUCUCUCUUUAGGCCGUGAAUUUGGCCCCUUCUGCAUCGAUUCCGAUGUCUUUUCACCAAACAACCAUACUUUCCGACCUGUUAACGAAGUAGAUUCUGUGUUGAAAUCUUUAGCUACCGCAUACCCCAAUCUUCAACGACUUGUACUCCUAAAUUCUUCCGAGGUUGGGUUACUAAGUCUUGCAGAAGGGUGUCCGAAUUUACAAGAAAUGGUUUUGCAUCACUGCCAUGAUCAGAUUCUGCAUGGGAUUGCGGGAUUUACAAAUCUGCAGAUACUGAAGUUGAUUGGAACCAUUGACGGAUUCUAUUCCUCUUUGGUUUCAGACAUAGGGUUAACAAUUCUUGCUCAAGGGUGUAGAAGGUUAGUGAAACUUGAACUCAGAGGAUGCGAGGGGAGUUAUGAUGGAAUCAGAGCAAUCGGACAAUGUUGUCAAAUGCUAGAAGAACUCACCUUCUGUGAUCAUCGAAUGGAUAAUGGGUGGUUAUCAGCUCUUUCCUACUGUGAAAAUUUGAAAACUUUAAGGUGCAGAUUGUGUGAAAAGCAAAGUCUGAGAGCACUUUUUCUUGUGUGUCGAUCUGUUAGAGAAAUGGUUGUAAAAGAUUGCUGGGGUUUGACAGAUGGCAUUUUUCUCAAUGCCAAUUUAUGCAGGAGGGUUAAAUUUCUGUGGAUAGAAGGAUGCUCAAGGGUAACAACAGAAGGUUUAGAAUCUGUUGUCCUUUCUUUGAAGGAGCUUGAAAGCUUGAAGGUGAUAUCGUGUAAAAACAUGAAAGAUGAUGAAGUGAGUCCUGUGCUUUCUAUGUUGUUUUAUAGUCUUAAAGACUUGAAAUGGAUGCCUGAUAACGGAUCGGUUCUCUCAACGAGUCUUGUGGGGUCCGGAAUGGGUAAACGAGGGGAGGUAUAUGCAAUUCACGCUCCUCUGAUCGCUAAUUUUCAGUGUUCGCCGUUUGAUUCUCUGCAGCUGCACGGAUAUAGAGGGACGAUGAAGAAGGAUAAAUCAGUAGUAACAGAGAACCCUAGCGGAAGUGGUGUAGCGAAAGCAUCUUCAUCGAAUAGGCUGUUUGUACGAGAAGAAGAAGACUCAGAGAGAAAACAAACUACUUACGACUUCCCCUUGCCAAUUGUUACUCGUAAUGGUUCCUCCAAAUACGAUUUCGUCAAGGUGAAAGUAUGGUUGGGUGAUAAUGCUGAUCACUACUAUGUCCUCUCAAGAUUUUUGCUUAGCAGAAUGUUGACUGUUACUAAGAUUCCUAAUCAUACUGCUCUCAAAAUUGCACUUGAACUCAAGAAGUUGCUGGUAGACAAUAGCCUUCUUGAUGUCUCUCAAUCUGAUCUGGAAACUAAUUUGUUUAAGCUCAUGAAAUGGCAUGGCUAUGGGCAAGAGUAUAUAAGCCAUUACAGGAUGAUGACAAGAUUUCACCAUCAAAGGGUACCACUGGUCAUUCUUGUAAGUGGAACAGCAUGUGUUGGAAAGUCUACAAUUGCUACCCAACUUGCACAAAGGUUAAACUUGCCAAAUGUAUUACAGACUGAUAUGGUGUAUGAAUUGCUAAGGACUUCAACAGAUGCACCAUUGGCAUCUUCACCUUUAUUGGCACGCGACUUUAGCUCCUCUGAUGAGUUAAUAACUGAGUUUUGCAGAGAAUGUAGAAUAGUCCGAAAAGGUUUGGCUGGUGAUUUAAAGAAAGCAAUGAAAGAUGGAAAGCCAAUCAUUAUUGAGGGAAUGCAUGUGGAUCCAAGCAUAUACCUAAUCAAUGAUGGAAAUACCAACAAGAAUGCUGAAAAGAUGAAUAAGGGUCCUGAAAUUAUUCCUGAGAAUAUUACAAGUAACAGUGUAAAAGAUCAAGCAGUGGACAGAAAGGCUAUUCAUAAGAGAGAAAAAUCUGGAGCCCCAGAGCCAGUUGUAAUUCCUAUUGUCCUAAAGAUGGCUGAGUUUGAUCAUAAGGCAUUACUAGAAGAGUGGAUAUCUACACGUAAAUUCAGCAGAUAUCCAAUCAAGGAUAAAGACAAACUGAUUAGCAACCUAAAUACCAUUCAAGAUUAUCUGUGCUCUUUCACAUCACAAGGCUCAGAAGUAGCCAACAUAUCCGCAACAACUUUCCCCCAAACACUGGACUGGCUCCAUAAUCAUCUUCUUCAGCGUAUUGAACAAGGUAUAUCCUCUGCCUCUAAAGAAAAUGUUGGUCAACAUGAUGAAACGUAGAUUGGGCAUUUCACACGGUUGACUUUUCAUCUCCAUAGUUAAUGUUACAAUAAAGACUCGAACUUUGUCUGAUUUACAAUGAUACAAAAAUGGUGACACGUGUACAUUCAUAUAGCAAAUAUAUGGUUCUUAAAAGUGCCACUUGGGUCUGGUUUCUUCUUCUUUUUCUGUCAAAUCUCUGUACUGAUACCAUUCUCCUCCCACCUUACCAACCGGAAGUGGGGCCCGGACAAAAAUCUCAACAGGUUUAGGAACAUGAACAUCUAAUGAUAUCUCCAUAUCCUUUUCUUCCACUAAAUUUGACCCCACUUCUUUGACCAUUUGACCAAGACCAACUGGUUCAACUGUUAUCCACCCAAGACCCGAGAUUGCCACAUCACAAGCAGGUCUAUAAAAUGAUAGUCUUUUAAUGCCUUAAAAAUAUAAAACUCAAUAGAUGUUACAAAAAUAUAAAAUUCAAUGAUGUUUAAAUACAUACCUUUGUGUGUCAUCGAAUCUUAUUUGUAAUUGGCGAAUAGUCUCGAGUCCUGUCCAAGUUGCUACUUGUUCUCCACUUGGUGGUGUUAAAGCAACUCCUACUUCUUUCUACACAUGUUAUACAAGAUUCUUCAAUUUUUAACAUAAUGUUUAGCACAAUACAUAUGUUUAGUCAAACUAUACCUUGUAGAAUUGUUCUGCUUUAUUUGUGGGUAGAAUUUGAAGCUUUAGGGCUUUGGGUCCAUAAAAUGUUAAACAUGUUUCCGGAAGGACCUGAAGAAUAGAAAUAAAACAUUAAAAAAAUGUAAAAUGAAGAAUAAAUAAAACAUUAGAAGG